AUGGCACCCAAGUCGGCGAAGGAGAAGAUAGUUCUCGCCGACUUCAAGCCCUCCCCGACUUUCCUCGAGACUGUCUCGACGUCGUCGCUGAACUACCGGGAAUGUGCCCUCCAGGAGAUCAUGGCUCUGAUUGCCCACGACCCAGACAACUCGCUCAACUCGCUCGAUGAAUACCUUGCCACGGCAUUAUACUACGGCGCGACCGAGUCCGAGAUCCAGAACGUCGUCUAUCAAUCGAGCUUUCACAUGGGAUCGUCCAAGGCGAUCACGACGCGAACUCGCGUCACCGCGAGCCUGCAAUCUCUUAUGGGCCCUCUGCACCACGCCCUGGACAGCACGUACGUGGAGAAGGAGGUCUCUGUGGACGACCACACCACCGUGGUGAAAGACUCGAAUCCUUCCAGCCAGUCGAUCCCCCUCGUCCUCAUCCACGCGCUGGCGCUCGAUCGGCGCAUGUGGGAUGCCGUCUUCGCCAGGCUGGCCGCCGCCACCGCCACGGCGGGUAGCAGCAUCCGGGUGAUAGCGUACGACAUGCGAGGUCACGGGUACGCAGCACACGCUCCGCCCGCGCGCUCCCUCACGCAGCUCGCAUCCGACUUGCACUGCAUCCUCGACGCGCUCAAGAUCGCCCGUGCGGACGUCUUCGGCCAAUCAUACGGCGGCGCCGUGGCACAGUCCUUCGCGCUGACGUACCCGGGGCAGACGCGCAGUUUGGGCCUGAUCACCACGGCGGGCGAGGCACAACCGUCAUGGGUCACCCGCGCGACCAGGGCCGAGGAGGGGCAGGCCGUGGCGCCGUUGCUGCCCGAGACACUUAUCCGCUGGUUCACGCCCGAGGCGAUCGCGCGGAACCAAUGGGGCGUCCGCUACGCCCGGUCGUGCGUCGAGAGGAUGGCGCUGGGCGACUGGGCCGACGCGUGGCGGUGCAUGGCCCAGCUCGAUUCGCUACAACGUCUGAGGAAGGGGGAGGUCAAGUGUCCGGUCCUGCUGGUCUGCGGGGUGCAGGACGCGAGUACGGGGCCGAAGUGGAUGAGGAGGCUUAGAGAGGCGUGUGAGGCUGGGGGCAAUACGGAGGUCGUUUACAAGGAGAUCGACCCGGGCGUGCAUAUGAUGGCGCUGGAGCAAGGCGAGGCGUUGACGGAGGAAAUACUUGGGUUUAGACAGAGAGUGGAUCAAUUAGGAGCGUGA